AGGACGGACCCGUGCCGCGCUGCCCGGCCCUGACAGCCCGAGCCCCGAGAGCCCCGAGCCCCGAGAGCCCCGCGCCCAGCAAGGGGAAGCGAUGCUGAUGCUGGACUGCAGCUCCGAGUCUGGUAGUUUCAGCAACCUAUUUGAGACGGGAACCGCUGUGAAUGCACCUGCAGAUGCCUUUGGUCAGUCUCCAGCUCACUUGGCUGCUUGUGGUGGUGAAGCUUUUUUCCUACUUUGGCAACUGCAGACAGGAGCAAAUUUGAACCAACAGGAUUGCCUUGGAGAAGCCCCGAUACAUAAAGCAGCAAAAGCUGGGAGUUUGGAAUGUCUUGCUCUCCUUGUUGCUGGUGAUGCUAAAAUUGACUUGUGCAACAACAGUGGACAGACAGCAGCAGACCUUGCACUGGAUUAUGGCUUUCUGGAAUGUGCCAAGUUCCUCAGGACAAUUCAGCACACUCAGACAAUGAAACUGAGAGGACAGUCUGGAUACUCGCUAAGUGACAGACACGGCUUGCAGAGAGAGGAUCCAACUGCACAGAAACAGGAAAGUGAAACCAGCAGAUCCAUAAACAGGAAGAGGAGAAGAUCAGAUGGUGUGUAACAGUGUUGGUUUAAUACCAAUCUGAAUAUUUUUAAAAUGUUUUUAGCAUCUAAGUAAAACAAACGUGUGUUAGAGCAGUUAGAUUUAGGAGCCUCCUAGUAAGGAUGAACUUGCAUAGGUACUUAAGGUUAGGGUAUUCUUGGAAAUGGACAGUAUAUGUGGAAUGCCACUUAAGAGCCUACAUCAACACAGAAAAAAAAAUAAAUCAUUGGUACUCUUACUGAUGUACUGAUGAAGUAGCUACAGACUUAUUUUAUCCCUAUGACAGAUCUUGUCUCCUAGCUGCCAGAAGAAACAGCUUGUAAUUCCAACAUGAAAUAAGGGGAAUAUGAAGAACCAUGACUGGAUGAUACACCGAGCAGUCAGAUGUGUGUGCUGGGACAUUGUCUCCUUCUGAGAAGGAGGAAAGCUUGUUUAUUGUUACUUCUUACAGAAGCAUUUUUUGAGGGUUUUUUUUCCCCUGGAAUACUUGUAUUCAUUCAGUUAUAAGUAAAUGAGCAUAGAAAAAUUAAUUAUCUUUCUGUGUAAAUAUGACAGAAAAAUUAAUAAAAUUCAGUAAAUACGGCCAUUCUUUUCCCACUUCUAAAAUGCCUCAUCAAGAAUCCCAACAACAAACAAAGCCUUUGAACAGGUUCAUAAUGGACAAGACAGCUGGCUAAGUGGAACUUGAAAGGCAGAGGACACUUUAUCUUUUUGUCAUGAAAGAAUUCCCUAAAACAAUUGGAUUUGGCAUUUAAUCUACAAAGAUUCUAGCAGAAGAGGAAAUACUAUAUAAACCUGAAGUUGUGCUAUGGAAAAGUACAGAGUAUUUGUUGCCUAAUAGAUGCAACAAUAAGGAAUACAGU